AAGAAGGAAGGGAUUUUGCAGCAAUUUGGUUUCUUGGAGGAUAUAGAGAUGAACAAAACAGCAGACAAAGUGUGAGUCCCACUUCUGUGCUCUUCAUCCAAAUUACCAGGACUUCAAAGACUUGCUGCUAAGUACAGAUAUUCAGCAUACUUUGAAAUGGUUGAAGCUGACCUAUUGGUCCACUGCCCUGGCUUUCAAGAAAUGGUUCUUCCAUGCUGGAUGGAGCUGCUGAAGGGACUGCCAUUGCGCCGUACUUUCCUGGCUGUCAUCCUGAACCUGCUGGCCCUCACCCUCUCCACCACUGCCUUGCUGGGCAGCUACUGGUGCACUGGGACCCAGAAAGUACCCAAGCCUUUGUGUGGGAAGAACAAAGCCUCCCAGUGCGUGGGUGUCCCCAUGCCAUCUGAUGAAGAUACAAGCAAUGUUUCAUCUGAGGACACAGUGCAUUACAGCUGGGAGACUGGAGAUGACCGCUUUGCCUUCAGAUACUUCCACACAGGGAUGUGGCUUUCCUGUGAAGAGAGCAUGGAAGGACCAGAAGAGAAAUGCCGCAGCUUUAUUGAGCUUUCGCCACCAGCUGAGAGAGGAAUCCUGUGGCUGUCACUGGGAUCAGAGAUGCUGUACAUCAGCUUGCUGCUCAUCAGCUUCAUCCUCCUGAUGGUGGAAAUUCUGCAUACUGGCAAUCCUGUCUGUGGGAUGAAGCUCAAUGCCUUUGCUGCUGUCUCCUCAGUGCUGUCAGGUCUCCUUGGGAUGGUGGCACACAUGAUGUACACUCAAGUCUUCCAGGCAACAGUUAAUCUGGGACCGGAGGACUGGAGACCGCACACGUGGGACUAUGGCUGGGCAUUCUACAUGGCCUGGGCCUCCUUCACCUGCUGCAUGGCCUCUGCUGUCACCACUCUCAAUACCUACACCAAGACGAUACUGGAGUUCAAAAGGAACCACAUCAAGGGAUAUGAUGGGACCCUCAAGGAUCACCCUCAGCACCACCAAUGCUUCAUACAGCAAAUAAGCAGCUACUAUGAGCCCAAAGGCAAGGUCUUCCAUUCAGUUUCUGAAGGAGUUGACUUCUACACUGAUCUGCAGCAGAAAAUGCUACAGCGGGAACCAGAGCUGGACCUGGAUGAAGUCUUGGGCCAGACAAUUGGGGAGGAUCGCUGUUAGGGAUGAGUGUACAGGGACAGAGCAGUGCGGUUUGGGAUGCACAAGAGCUCUGAACCAAGCAAUGGCACCACUGUUAGCAGGUUUUGUGGAGCUCUUCUUGUCUCUACAGGGAGUGAAGAGGAGGUGGGAACUGGGUCAGGGCAACUAGAGUAGAAGUUUGGGGAUCCUCUGUGGUCGUAUACAGUAUGAUAGGUGCCCUCAUCUGACAAGGGUGAAACUGGAGGGACAUGCUGGUGCCAGCUGUCUCUAAGCACUUUCAGAGUUGAGUCAGAUGGCCUAAUCCCAGUAUUGCACUUGGGAACACAGUCAGUACCAUCCAGAUGGCAAAUUGCACUGCUGGGUAGUGUCACACUGACCUUCCAUCAACGCCUCCAGUUAAGUGCUAUGGUGAAGACAAUCAGUGUUCAUAUUGAUCAGCUGCCACCCUCUCUGAACACCCUGUUUAUUCUUAAUUUUCAGACCCAAACUAUUCUCCCUGCCCCCAGAUUAAAAGUCCUGCUGCAGUAAGAAUAGGGGGUAGCUUUCAGACAUCUCUCUCCUCCUCUUUCCCAUCUGUAAUGACUCCCACAUAUUCCCUUCUUGCUUUUUUUUGCCCAAAAAUCUCCCAUUCUGAGGUACUUUGC